AUGCAGCACCUUUACAAGACACAUUUCUAGAUGAACAAUUGAUGGCAGCUCAACAUCAACCAUCACCAUGAUAUGCACAUAUUGUUAAUUUUCUGAUUUCUAAAAAAUUCAGAAUAGUGGGAUAAGAAAAAAAAACAUCAUUUCUUUUUUAGGAUUAGAAAUUAUUUUUGGCAUGAUCCUGAUAUAUAUUACUUAGGUAAUGAUCAAAUUUUAAGGAGAUGUGUUCUUGAAGAAGAAUAUCAUAGCAUUCUUAACAUAUGUCAUUCAUCUAAUUGUGGAGUACAUUUCUCUAGACAAAAAACAGCAGAAAAAAAAAAUUAGUGUGGUUUUUAUUGGCCUACAAUCAUUAGAGAUUCUAUAGAAUUUAGAAGAACAUGUAUUUCAUGCGAAUCUAUAAGUAACAUGAGUAAAAAAGAUGAAAUGCCCAUGAGUAAAUGUUAGUAGUUGAAAUUUUUAAUGUAUGGGAAAUAGAUUUCAUGGGUGCCUUCCCAUCAGCUGAAAAAUAUAAAUAUAUUUUGCUUGCUGUUGAUUAUGUGUCUAAGUGGGUGGAAGCGAUCACCUCAGUGGGGGACUUACGUGGUCUCCUUGCAGUCCUUCCUCCUCCUUGGGUGCCCCGUCUCAGAGGAGAGCUUACGUCUAGUCUGCAAUCACGAUAGGCUGUUCUCUCAUAGUGGUAGGAUCCUCCGGCUCUGAAAUGACCUAGGAACAGCCAAGGUAUAUUUAUUGCCAAUUCAGCCUCAAUAAAGAGAAGUCCUAUGUAAGAUUAUUAUGAAAUAUAUCUGAGCUGUCUCAACUGGUUCUAGGUUUGAUUAUUCAGCUAUCAGAACCUUGACUCUCCAUGUCGACGUGCUGCAAGCGGAACAAUAAAGAGGCAACGUGGCUUCAAGCAUAUAGUGCCUCAUGCAAGAAAGAGGCCUCACGGACGACGGGGAUGCCCACAGGCACAUCAGAGGGCUGAUAAGCAUGCUUGGAAGGAUCUCAAUGGGGAUGCGUUGGCUGCAUCGCCUUUGCCCUUCACCGUCAUUAACGGUUGUUUCAACCUCGCGCGAUUGUCUUAGUACUUUUAUCAAUACGGUGACAACCCCAAGGCCCCAAGUGUGGAGGACUGAUAAGUCUUCAUUAUCAUGAGUUAAUAAUUAGUAAAUAAUAUAGUUUUAGACUUAAAUCAUGAUAAAUGGACUUAUAUUUAUGUUAAAGUAUAAAAUGUCAUUUUCAGUUGAUUAAUGUAAAUUUUUGGGUAAUUAUGUGAUUUUAUACGAAUUUAUAUGAUUUUUACAGUCUUACUUUUGAGAUAAAUGAAGAAAAAGAAAUUAAAAUAAAAAUAAGACAAAAUGGGGGGGACUCACCGACCAGUUGAGCCCACAAGUGGGUCCGAAGUGCAGUCAGGGAAUAGCCGCAAGUAGGGGUUCGAGCGGCUUGAAUCCAUAGGGGCACAUGUGUGCCACUCUUUUUCCACGUCAUUAGUGGCCAGCCGACUGUGGGGCAAAGAAUGGUCGUACACGCACGAGAAAGGGACUUGCUUGAAAAUGUAAUAUUACUAUAUAUUCGCCCGAAAAUUCGACGCACAAGUAAUGUGGAACUAAACCCGCAUCAGCUUCCCCAAAAAGGGGCAAACAACCAUCAUGGGUUCGAAUCCUCCCAAAGCCAAAACUCAUAUUUUUUAUCUAAUUAUCGUGACUUUCUUGUAGAUCGCCGGUGAAGGAUUAAACAACCAGAAUCGUUGGAUCAUCGGCAAAAAUCUCAUCAACGUAAUUUGCGGAACAUUGUUACUAAAAUUGCUAAAUGAUUUGCAAUAAAAAGAUUGUAAAUCUAUCGAGUAAAGUAUCUCCGAUUGAUCGAUGAAUAAGUCAUCGUUGGAAAGAGGACUGAUAAGUCUUCAUUACCAUGAGUUAAUAAUUAGUAAAUAAUAUAGUUUUAGCCUUAACUCAUGAUAAAUAGACUUAUAUUUGUGUUAAAGCAUGAAAAGUGGUUUUCAGUUGAUUAACGUGAAUUUUUGAGUAAUUAUGUGAUUUUAUACGAUUUUUACAGUCUUAGUUUUGAGAUAAAUGAAGAACAAGAAAUAAAAAUAAAAAUAUUGCAAAAUCGGGGGACCUGCCGGCCAGCCGGGCCCGCAAGCGGGUCGGAAGCGCAGUCGGGGAGUAGCCGCGAGCAGGGGCUCGAGCGGCUUGCUUGGAUCGAUAGGGGCACGUGUGCGCCACUCCCCUUCCACGUCACCGGUGGCCAGCCGGCUGUGGGGCAAGGAGUGGUUGUACACGCGAGAGGACUUUGCCUAGAAAGCUAA